GAUGGCUGUACGGAAGCAACUGCGGCUCCUGUUUGAGGAGCCCCAGGUGGGCGGUGCAAUCACGGUAGAGCAGGCAGGACCCGGGACCGGGCCGGGCUGCCAAGUCCGGCGAAGCGCAGCAAAGCGGGAGCCCCGCGGGAAGCGGGUUCCGGGCGCUCGAGGGCUCAGGCUAGAGGACUGCGUUGUGUAUCAGUGCCAGCGCUGCCGGGCCGUCUUAGGAGACUCGCUCCACUUGUGCGCCCAGGAGGAGAAGCUCCGCCUUUUCGUUUGUUUCAAGGUCACAAAAGAUGUUGUUGUGGAGGACAACUUGAUGGUUUGUGUCGAGGGAGACCUCACUGGUUGCACCUACAACACAUUGUAUUGUCGGUCCUGUGAACUGCGUAUUGGCUUUAUCCUCUAUAGUUCAAAAUCACUGGCUUACCUGCGAGGCUUCUUCUGCCUUUUUAAGGACAGCAUCACAUGUUACUUGCUGCAAACUAAAACUACAGUAGAAGCUUCAAAAGUAACCUGUCCUCUGGUGAGCCUGAAGGAACAUGUACAGAGAUUAAAAGAAAGACUUGUACUAGUUCACAUGCGCAUGGAAUUGCUAAUUAAGAAACUAGAAGAAUUCAGUCAACAAAGGACUCUGAGAAGCAGAGCUGUAAGGAAAGACCAUGUGGAUAUACAAGGAAAAAGCUGAAUUGUUAACUUUUUAGAUUUGCCUAUCUCAAUUGUUUUCACUAUUACUUGUGUUUAUAAUUGAAAAUGGCAAUUAAUAUGGCCUUAGACUGGAAAAUUGGUGAUACAAAAUUGUUCCUUUUCCUGGCACACUCACGUGCAUAUAGUGUUUGAACAUGAACAGGUAUCCCAAAUCAUUUUAAUUCCUACAUACAAGUUUUUCUACCAUACUUUCACAAAAACUUUAAACCAUUGCAUUACUGUUCUAAGAUUGCAUUGUGAACAUAUUGGAAACUGAAAGAAAUAACCAUUUACUUUGUACAUUUC